AUGCCACAGCAUGUCUUUCGACCUGAUGCACAAUCGAAUCCGCUGAGAGCCGUCAUUACAGCCUUUGCUUGCCAAUGCGGCGCAUUUGAUUCACAUGGUGCUGGCCCCAAAGGCCAGCCGACAGCCAAGCACCUGUGCAGACGAUGUAGAGAGGAGCCGCACUCGAAGAAGAAAGUAGCCUAUACCAGCUUAAUCUACGGGACCAAGAGGAAGUAUGUAGCCGGAGCACUGGCACUCGGUUUGAGCCUGCAGGCCACCGGCACUGAGCAUGACAGAGUGCUUCUGCAUACUCACGACGUGCCGGAGGAGGCCUUGCAGCUACUUCAGGAAUUGUGGAAGUUGCAGGAGGUACCCUAUGUGCUUUCUGCUGGAGACCUGCAUACAAGCGACAAAGCGCGCUUCAAGGACGUGUUUACCAAGCUUCACGUUUUCAAUCCAGAGGUUCUUCCAUUUGACAAGGUUGUAUUUCUGGACUUAGACAUGAUUGUCUUGCGAAACAUUGACGAGCUUUUCGAGCUUCGCCCGCCCGCGGGCAUGAGCACAUUCAAGUCCAGCGGGUUCGCGGAGCAGCCUGACCAUGGGCAGCGCCUGCACCCCAGGAGAUGCUAUGUCAAUGCCGGAACGAUGGUGAUUGCUCCGUCCAAAGAUUUGUUCCGUCUCCUGGUGGCUGAUGUGGCUGAGCCGGAUCCGAAUUGGCAUGUCUCUGCAUGGUCCCCAGAGCAGCGGUACUUGUCAGACGUGAUGUGCGGGGAGUGGACGCACGUGAGCCAGCUUUACAACUUCGAGGUGCAGCUUCACAGUGGAGUUCCCCUCACCAGCCUUUGGCAAGCGGCAGAGGCGGCCAGCAUUGCGGUGGCGCACUUCUCCGGGAAAACCAAGGCUUGGGACACGGAGCCUGAUGAGGACCUGCCGCUGCUUGCCAGUGAAUACUCGAGGGAUUCCCUCACGAGUCUUCCACCUGAUGCUCAAAGACGGGCGAAGGCAAGGUGUGCUUUCUUUCACGCGGAGUGGCACAGGAUGUACGCCCUGGCGUUGAAGAGGUGCAGAGAUGGCCUGCAAGGCAUGCGGCAUGGCUGGGCCUCGCAACUAUCCACUGGCUUGGAAGAUGACGAUUGCAAUUUGGAGGAGGAAAGCGAGUUCAUGCCGGGGGACGAUGUGAUGGUUGAGGAGGCGGCUGACGAAGCAAGCUCAAGCAGCGUUUCCUACCUGGCAACUGUUUUACGUCGUCCAAAGUCAGGCAACCUCAUACUUUGGCGGCAAUGUGAAGGUGCUGGCUUUGAAAGCCGCAUAUGCUCUGCCUCAGCGAAUCGAGUCCCCGAGCAGGAGGUCUUCCAUCUUGGCCUCCAGGCUGUGGCGUGGCUGGGCGAUGGCCAUGUCUUGGGCAAGAUCACGGCGCUGCGCGACGAAGAGCGGCUGCUGGGCGCUCAUUGCCCAAGGGAGAGACGCUGCUCGACAUGGGCAGAUCUGCGCGACCGCUUCCCGGACUCACCGCUGCUGGGUGGAGCUGACGGCCGCUCUCACCUUGCCUACAGCCGGUUCAAGGAACUGGUGCGUGAGCUGCGCAGCGCCUUCGCAGAAGCUGGCUUAAGUCCAGGCGACAGAGUUGCCUCUGUGCUGCCCAAUGGCCCAGAGGCUGCCGGCCUUUUCUUGGGCACCGCGCUCUGUGGGCUUUGCCUCGGGCCUUUGGACCCGCAGCUCACCAAGACGGAACUGGACUUUGCGCUGCUGGAUUUGCCCGCGAAGGCCAUCGUGUUAGGUGAUGGAUUGGCACCAGUGGUUUUGUCUCUUGCGGAGAUGUCUGCAAGAGCUUUGGGCUUGGCAAUCCUACGACUCCGACGUGACCCAAUCACAGCGGGCGACUGUUCGUUCUCUGUUGAUCCAGGCUUUGAUGCCUCAGAUGCUGGAGUCUUGAUACCUCAAAGCUGCGACAAUAUUUGCCUGGCAUUGCACACCAGCGGAACAACACGUCGACCUAAGCUGGUUGCAUUAUCACAUGCCAACCUGUUGAGUGGUGCUCUAUGCAUCGCGUCGACUUUGCAGAUUGGAGCUGAUGACGUUGUGAUGAAUAGCUUGCCUCUUUUUCAUAUCCAUGGUCUGGCGGUCAACGUUUUGGUUCCGGCUAUUGGAGGAGCAUUGUCAAUUUGCUUGUCGGGCACAUUUGAUGCUUCAGCUGCAAUUCGACGAUUGAAGGCUGAGCCCCAGAUUUCACUCUACUCUGCUGUCCCCACAGUGCACCACGCCAUAUUGACAAACCUGCGAUACGAGGAUUCCUUUCCAGCGCUCAGACUGAUUCGUAACUGCUCGGCCCACCUUCCGGCCAUGUUGGCCUCCUCAGUAUCGGAGCGGAUGGGUACUGAAGUGCUUCCAACGUACGCCAUGACGGAGUCAAUGCCCAUUGCAUCGCCCACGCCCCAUGGAGGUUGCCAUGGAGUGGAGAAAGAAAGGCACAAACCCAGCACGCACAGCUCGCUUGGAUUUGCCGCAGGCCCUGAGAUUCGACUCCUCACGACAAACGGCCUCGAGGAGCCUGCGGAGAACAUCAGCGGAGAGAUUUGUGUGAGAGGCGCUUGUGUGACUCGCGGCUAUGAAGCGCGAGAGGGCCACGACCCAAACCAAGAAGCCUUUCUGCAAGGCUGGCUGAAAACCGGUGAUUUGGCAACGGUCUCGCAGAAUGGCCUGAUCUUGACGGGCCGAUGCAAAGAAGUCAUCAACAAAGCAGGCGAGAAGUUCUCGCCCUUGCAGAUUGAGGAGGUCUUCUUGCAGCAUCCAGAUGUGGAGGAUUGUGUUGCAUUUGCCGCUCUUUGUGAGAAGCGCGGGGAGGCCAUCGGUUUGGCCGUUCAAGCACGCAACGAGCAGUCCCUGGACGGGCUCCGAAUGUUUGGAAGACGCACCCAGGAGUUGCGGGUGGCCGCGUUGCCGGACUGCGUGGUUUGGCUGAAGGAGCUGCCCCGCACCGCCACGGGGAAGAAGCUCCGCGUGGGCCUGGGGGAGAAGCUGGGCCUUCCGAAGCUCCAGGGUGACCACGGCGAGUGGUACGCAGACGCGGCGAAGAGCGCUUGGCCUUUCGAUGGGUACGGGACCUUCACACUGCGGCCUGCAGAGCGCUUCGCAGUGCGAGAGAGUGGCUCUCAGGAUCUGCGGACAGUUCGAAAGAUCGCGGUAGAUCUUGCUAGAUGCGAAUUGGAGGAUGAUGAGCCGCUGCUUGACAGUGGACUGGACUCGCUUAGCGCAACAACUUUCAUCAAUGCGCUUGAAUUGCAGCUCCACAUUAGCCUUUGGCAGGAGAGGAUGGUGCUGUUGCCUUCCUGGACUCGCAUCCGUCUUUGA